AGAAGAGGAGGAGAGAGAGAGAGGGAGACCUUGAAAAGGGGGGGUUGUGUGCACUCUCUUCCCCAACCUAUUGAGAGGUGUGUAGGUUGAGCGUCUUUUCAGCGAGAAAGAAAGAAAGAAAGAAAGAAAAAGAGAAAGAAAAAAAGAAAGAAAAUUGCUGAAAAGUGUUGCACAUCUUUUGAGGAUUGUUCAGUUGAGCGGUCACCGAUUCAGCCUUCCUAGAGAACGUGUUGGACGUGGAAUCAAACUACCGAUGCCACUGAUGCCUGAUGUCACUGGGUUUCCUGAAGGGAUUUAAACAGUCCUGAAGAAAAGAGAAGAAAAGAAAAGUCCUACUUCUCCAGGGACGGCUACAAGUAUGAGGUGACUCCUCCACGUGUAUUUGUUGAAGAUUGUCAAGGUAGACUGAGAUUUACUUGAAUAUUGAUUCAAAUCUUCAGAAUAAUCCUUGGAUAAGAUGACAUUUGGAGAAUAGAACAGGAAUCUCCACUGUAGCUCUUCAGAAUAGAAUUAACGAAUUCAAGUUAUUCUACUGAUUUAAGAUUAUAGAUUAUUUUACCAUUUGACGCCACUUUUGGACAUAUGUGACAUAUCGGUGGUUAUGAGCCCACCGUUGACAUGCACUGCUGAAUAUUUUUAGCAAUUUCCCAAAGGAUUCAAUCACCGAUUUCAUCAAUAUAAAAUUCGACUGAAUCACCAGUCAUCAUAAUCCAGAGGGAGAGGAAGAACUUGCGACCUUCAUUCAUCAGCAAAUAGCUUGAAGACUUUUUAAAGAGAUGGCACAUAAAGAAGGAGCCACAGAGCAGGGCCGUGUGAAGGCAGUGGACAGUCUCGGGGCCAAAGCCAUUGCCGGGGCCCCAACAGCUGGGGGAGGAGUCGUGGUGGAAGUCAGGGAGAAAAAGGGAACCCUGCGGGCUGCGAUACCCACAAUGCCUUUCCCUCUGGCAGUCAUCUGUCUGUUCCUCAACACCUUCAUACCUGGACUAGGUACCUUCCUCUCGGCCUUCACGGUGCUGUGUGGAGCUCGCAGCGAGCUGGUCUCAGAGCGAGGCGUGUGCUGCGUGUUCUGGCUCAACGUGGCGGCGGCCCUCAUCCAGAUCCUGACGGCUGUCAUCAUGGUCGGGUGGAUCAUGAGCAUCUUCUGGGGAAUGGACAUGGUCAUCCUGGCAAGUCAGUAGCUGUCGAUCUGUGUAGAUCUGGUCAGGCCGACAGUCUUCUCUACUUGUUGCUGUCUCCAUUCCAACUUCAUCAAACAUUUUAUAGCAUGACAUUUAAAUUGUAAAAAACUUUUUAAUA